AUGGCUUCCUCCGAUAUCGCAUCGGCUUUUGCGCCCGACCUCCUUUCGCCCUCCACCGUCUCCACGUUCAACAAGGAGUACGAGUCCAGCGCACCGUACAAGCACGCCGUCAUCCCCGCCCUCAUCGACGAAGACCUCCUCAAGGCAACCCGGCAAGAAAUUAUCUCGGAGCUGCGAUUUGCCGAGAAGGAAACCGACAUCUAUAAGGUGAAUCAGACCGGUGAUCUGGCCAACCUCGAUGGACUUCCUAAGGAGGAAGCCGGCAGGUUGCAGAACCUUCUCCGCGUACGCAACGCUAUCUACUCGCAAGAGUUCCGAAGCUGGCUGCAAGGCGUCACGGGAUGUGGGCCGCUGUCCGCAAAGAAGAAGGACAUGAGCAUCAACGACUACCGUCAAGGGUGCCACCUGCUGAACCAUGACGAUGUCAUCUCCACACGCAGGGUGUCGUACAUCCUCUACUUGCCAGAUCCGGAGCAGCCAUGGCAGCCUGAGUGGGGCGGUGCGCUCGAGUUGUAUCCUGUCAAGACAAAGGGAACACCAGACGAUCUGCCCAGCAAGAUCAUCCCUCCCAAGUGGAACCAAUUCACAUUCUUCACCGUGCAACCGGGCCACUCCUUCCACUCGGUCGAAGAGGUAGUUCACCCAAGUCAGUCUCGUCUCAGCAUCUCCGGCUGGUUCCACCGGCCGCAAGAAGGCGAAGAAGGAUUCACGACUGAGGACGAAAAGAAGGAGGCAGAAGUGGAAAAGGAGAUGAGCAGUCUCGAAAGCUUGUCCGCCAAAGAAAACGCCAAACAGUUCCAAGCCUACCCGGAACACCUGGAGACGCCUCUGCCCGGUUCGCCACUCAGUCAGGACGAGAAGAAGUUCCUGUUGCAGUUCCUCAACCCGGCGUAUCUGGUGGCCAAGACGCAGGAACAGCUGUUCGAGCAGUUUGGAGAUGACUCGCACAUCUUGCUUUCGGACAUCUUGAAGAAGGAGAUCGCACAGCCACUGGAGAAGGCGUUGAGGCAGUCGGAUGCAAAGGAUGGCUUCCAGUGGUGGACCGCGGGCAAGGGGGAAGAGUCGACGCGGAUCCAAUCGCACGGUGUCGGAACGGACCGCGCCACCGAUGCCAACGACGAGGCCAAGCAAUGGAAUAUCGCCGGACCACCGCACAAGCAGCGAUACGCCGUACUGUCAGAACAGGCUGCACCAGCCAAAGCAGGCGAGAUCGCAUCUUCUACCGCCAUUGUCCCCAACCCACUCCCCACUGACGCAAGCACACUCCUGAAACUGCUCAGCACGGUGCUCUUCCCAUCGGACGCAUUCCGACACUUCCUCGCCAACAUCACACAGCUCGUACCGCUAGGCGCACGCCCCAUCGAGGCUAGGCGCUUCCGUCCCGGUCUCGACUACACGCUCGCCCGGUCAGACACGGAGCCUGUACUCGACGUGACGCUCAACCUCACCCCCGAUGCCUCCAAGCCUUCGCUCGACGAGGAGCGUAAAGCCGGUCCACGAGGUCUCGCCGGCAAAGCCAAGAAGGGAAAACCAACGCCACCAAAACCAUCUUCAUCCAAGCUGCUGUCGCUGAAGCAAGCCAAAGACCUGGCAGCGAAGUGGGAGAGCGGAGACAUCGGUGGCUGGGAAUGCUACAUGGCGCCGCACGAAGGCGAAGAAGACCCUGCCGUCUACCAGAGCGGCAACAGCGGCAAGAAGAAGGAGGCGAAUGGAGAGGAAGCCGAUGCCGAGAUGAAGGAUGCUGACAACGAAGAGGAUGAGGAGGAAGAGAUCGUGGAGAUGAUCGAGGAUGACGGGGAGGAGGAGGAUGAUGACUUUGACGGCGUGCUGUUGAACCUGACGCCGAGCUUCAACACGUUGAGCGUGGUGCUGAGGGAUGAGGGCGUGAUGCGGUUCGUCAAGUAUCUGGCUGCCACGGCGGGCGGAUCGAGGUGGGAUGUGAUUGGGGAGUACGAGAUCGGCGCGAUCGAGGUCGAGGAGGACGAAGAGAACGAGGCUUGA